AUGAGCGCACCCAGCCAGCCCGCGAUCUCCUUGCCCGGGUUCCUCUUCAAGCCCCCCCAGAGGAUAGUGGACUUGGGCUGCGGCCCUGGCAACUCAACUGCCGUCUUGGAAUCGCGAUACCCUAAAGCCGAACUUGUGGGCAUGGACUCUUCCCCGGACAUGAUCCGCAAGGCGCAAUCAACUCUUCCACAUCUUGACUUCACCGUCGAAGACCUGGAAUCUUAUUCUCCAAAUUCCCGCGUCAUCAAGCGCUUGAUGGAGACCCAGCCCUCAGGGGGCGUGUUUGCUUUCCAGGUUCCAGAUAAUCUGGACCAACCUUCUCAUGUCUCGAUGAGGGAGACUGCUAAAAACGGACCUUGGGCAGCAAAAUUGGAAACCAUUGGUCGUGAUUCCUUCCAAUCACCGCGAGAGAUCUAUGAUGCCCUGAAGCCGAUCUCGUCGCGCGUGGAUGUCUUCCAUACGAGCUAUUACCAUGCUCUGGAGAACCACGAGGCUAUUGUCGAAUGGGUCAAGGGAACAGGGUUACGACCCUAUUUGGAUCCUUUGGAUCCUCAAGAGAAGGAAGCUUUCUUGGAGGACUACUUGAGACGCCUUAAGGAUGCAUAUCCCGCUUGUGUAGACGGCCGCGUGCUGCUUCCCUAUCCAAGACUUUUCGUUGUUGCUGUCAAAAACUAG